UGUCUAUGUUCAGGCUAGAGGUCGACGUUCGAGCACGAGCAAUUUUUUCGGACAGCAAGAGUAAGCUGCGGAAAAAUAACUUUUCGUAAGAAACUCGCUAUAAUUCGAAUAGUCGUUAUUAAAUAUCCGUCAAAAUGAGUGAACUGGUUUGGGGGAUAAAGAACGGGGAUCUUGACCAAGUAAAGGAUAUUGUCGAGAAUAAGGAUAUCGAUGUCAAUCAAAUGAUCGAUGGAAGAACGCCACUACAUUACGCUGCCGACUAUGGUCAGGGCGAUGUGCUGCGAUAUCUUUUGGAAAAAGGGGCAGAUGCAAAUGCAACAGACAAACACGGAAUCACAACUCUUUUAGCAGCUAUUUGGGAAGGCCACACGAAUUGUGUGAAAUUGUUAUUGGAAAGAGGGGCAAAACCUGAUGGUUCGACACCAGAUGGAAUGAGUUACCUGGACGCAGCUGAAAAGGAUGAAAUUAAACAAUUGCUUAAAGCUCGCUAGCAUUGAAUCAAAAUCUUCGUACAGCUUUAAUUUUAGUCCGUAACGUUCCUGAUAGGAGAUUACCGUUGCUUGUGUUUACUUUUUAUAUGUCGACUUAUUAGAUUACUUCGUGUAUUCUAAAAAAAAAGUAGAUCAGUGCUAACGGUAGAAUACAUAAUAUAUUAUUUCAUGUGAUAGAGUAGAGUCGAUCGGAAUAUCUACAACGACGUUUCAAAAAGCUCUCAAUAAUUCUCGUAUACUUACGAACAUUGCCUAAUUCUUGAAAAAAUAUUAAAUUUUAACCUUUAAUCUUACUCUCCCACUAUCGAUGAACUUACAGAAUGAUGAUAAAUUUUAAUAAUAGUAAUUUGUGUUGUUGAAUAAGGCUAGAUUUUUUAUCUGUUGGACCAUGCAACUAUCUAAAAUUAUUGUUUCGUAAGUCGUAUCUACCACCUGUGUGCUCCAAUAUACAAGUAAUUAGCAAUGUGGACGAUUUAUAACAGUACGCUUCAUUGAUGUACUUCGUAUUUUUAAUAAAAAAAAAAAGAAGAUA